AUGGCCGGAGGCUUUGAGAAGUCGGUAAAAGGGGCCACGAAGCUCAAGCUCGCAGCUCCCAAAUCCAAGUACAUUGAACAUAUCCUCGUGGCAACUCACACCGGUGAGGCAGGUGUCGCAGAAGUAUUCCGAACACUCCAACUGCGACUUCGAGACUCGGCAUGGACCAUUGUGUUCAAAGCGCUCAUUGUUCUUCAUCUUAUGAUCCGAGAGGGUCAACUAGAUGCUGCGUUGGGAUACCUGUCUGAUAACCCGAAGAAGAUCGCGCCCAGCAAUUUCUCGGAAGCUCAAUCGCAGGGGCAUAAUAUCCGACGGUAUGCUGAAUAUCUAAUUACGCGCGCCAAGGCGUUUGAAGCCUCGAAAACCGACCAUGUACGAAGCGGACCGGGUCGGUUGAAGAGGAUUGGCGUGGAGAAAGGCCUACUGAGAGAGACGGAGAUUGUACAGAAGCAGAUUCGCGUGCUAUUGCGGUGUGAUCUGUUGACAGAUGAGCCCGAGAAUGAGAUCAGUCUGACGGCUUUCCGCCUCCUCACACUAGAUCUACUGACCCUGUACUCGGUCAUGAACGAGGGGACGAUCAAUGUUUUGGAGCAUUACUUUGAGAUGUCACGGCCCGAUAGUAUACGCGCCUUGGCAAUCUAUAAGACGUUCACAAAACAAACGGAGGAAGUUGUGCAGUUCCUGGGAGUCGCAAGGCAUUUCCAAUCUGCCACCCGCCUGGAAAUUCCCAAACUCAAGCAUGCCUCUACUGACCUGGCUCGACUUCUCGAGGAUGAUCUCAACGACCCCGAUUUUGAUCUUCGCCGACGGGAGUACCUGGCCAAGAAGGGCGUUCGUGUUCCGUCAUCCAUGGAAACCAGUGCGAAUAACGAUGCCCCGAAGCCCGCACCAAGCGCGCCGAUGCCUACCCCAGCCAGGCAACCUGAAAAAGCCAAGCCAGCGCCGGUGGAUUUGAUCGACUUCUUUGAUUCAAUUGAACAGAAUCAACAGCCGAUGGGCCAGCCCACAUCGGUGCAGUACCAGCAAACAGGGUUCCAACAGCAGCAACCCUUCUAUCCGCAGCAGACUGGCUUCCAACAGCAGCAGUCUCAGGCGACUGGAUACGGCCAGCAACAGCCUCAACAGCCCCAGGCGACCGGGUUUGGUCAGCCAGCCCAAUACAGUGCCCCUUACCAAGCGCAAGGGCCCAAUAACCCCUUCGGACAACAGCAGCAACACCCACAACAGCAGCCGCUUCAAGCUAUGCCAACUGGUGCUGGAUUCGGUGGGUACACAGCGCAGCCACAGUCAUAUGGAUACCAGUCGCAAUUGGCUCCCAUUCCUCAGGAGGGCAUUGCCUCGUUCCAACAGCAACAGCAACCCCCUCAGCCCUUGCAGCCUCAGACUACAGGUACCAAUCCGUUCCGUCAGUCAGUGAUGCUGAAUGCUUCCACGGGCGCUCAACCACCUGCCCGUCCUCUAAGCCGGCAGAACACAAAUCCCUUUGCUAGGCGGUUAUCAACCGCCAACCAGCAAUAUAACCCCUCCACCGAGCCAUUCCAGAAUGCCCAAUCCCAGCAAGCGCCACCGCUCCCACAAGCGCAGCCCAUUAAACCUCAGCGAACCGGAACCAAUCCGUUUGCUCGCAAUUCUCCAGCCCCACAAGGCAUGCCUCCGGCCGCACCUCUGCAGCCGAAUCCCACCGGAAGCACAAAUCCCUUCCGACAGAGCCAGUUUAUCAACCAGCAGACCGGACAAGGCUGGCAAGCCAGUGGACAAAAUGGUACGAUGGGCGGACUAGAACAGUUGGAGACGAUGCCGAUCUUUCCGCGGCCCGGUAUGACCUAA